CAAACACCAGCCCAGCCAGCCACCAGGGGAAACGGAAACCAAACUAGCUGGUCGUUCUGCCCCCUCCCUCCAUUCCCCUACAAAUCUCUCGCCUCCCUCCCUCCCUCCCUCUCCCCACAGAUUCUUCUCCCUCGCGCACGCGCUCCUAGCUUCCACCGCCAGCACGCGCACACUUCCAUCCGCUUCCAGCAGCAUGGCCGAGGAGACCAAGCAGGAGGCCGCUGCGGCGGCUGCGGUGGCCGAGGUGGCCGUGACGGAGCCGGAGCCGGAGACCAAGGCGGAGGACAAGGCCGUCGGGGUGGGGGAGAAGGCUGACGAGGCGGCGGCCGCGGCUGAGGCGAAGGAGGAGGAGGAGGAGGAGAAGAAGAUGGAGGAGGCGGUGGCGGAGGCCGGGGCCGACGAGGCGGCGGUCAUCGAGGGCAGCACCGCCUCCUUCAAGGAGGAGAGCAACCUGGUGGCCGACCUCGCCGACCCCGAGCAGAAGGCGCUCGCCCAGCUCAAGGACCUCGUCGCCGCCGCGCUCGCCGCCGGGGAGUUCGACCUGCCCCCGCCCCCGCCGCCGCCCACCCCGGCGGCCGAGGAACCUGCCAAGACCGACGAGCCGGCCAAGAGCGAUGUGGCGGCCGAGGGCGAGGCGCCUAAGGCCGAGAGCAGCGAGCCCAAGGCCGAGGAGCCUGCCAAGGAGGAGCCCAAGGCGGAGGCGCCGGCCCAGGACGAUCCCAAGGCCGAGGAGCCUGCCAAGGAGGAGCCCAAGACGGAGGCACCGGCGGCGGUGGCUGUCGCGGAGGAGCCCAAGGCCGAGGCACCGGCGGCGGUGGCCGCCGCGGACGAGCCCAAGGCCGAGGUGGCGGCCGAGGAGGCCAAGCCGGAGGAGAAAACCGUCGUGGUCGCCGAGGAGGAAGGCACCAAAACCGUGGAAGCCAUCGAGGAGACCGCCGUCCCCGCCGCGUCCGAGCCGGAGGCGGCGCCCGCCGCCGAGCCCAAGGAGGAGCUGAUCUGGGGCGUGCCGCUGGUGGGCGGCGACGAGCGCACGGACACGGUGCUCCUCAAGUUCCUCCGCGCGCGCGAGUUCAAGGUGAAGGAGGCCAUGGCGAUGCUCAAGGCGGCGGUGCUGUGGCGCAAGAGCUUCGGCAUCGACGCGCUCCUCGGCGCCGACCUCGGAGUCCCGGAGCUGGAGAACGUCGUCUUCUACCGCGGCGCCGACCGCGAGGGGCACCCCGUCUGCUACAACGUCUACAGCGAGUUCCAGGACAAGGACCUCUACGAGAAGGCCUUCGGCGACGACGAGAAGCGGGAGCGCUUCCUCAAGUGGCGCAUCCAGCUCCUCGAGCGCGGCAUCCGGGAGCAGCUCGACUUCUCGCCCAGCGGCAUCUGCUCCAUGGUGCAGGUCACCGACCUCAAGAACUCGCCGCCCAUGCUCGGCAAGCACCGCGCCGUCACCCGCCAGGCGCUCGCGCUGCUCCAGGACAACUACCCUGAAUUCAUCGCCAAGAAGGUGUUCAUCAAUGUGCCAUGGUGGUAUCUUGCGGCAAACAAGAUGAUGAGCCCAUUCCUCACACAGCGCACCAAGAGCAAAUUCACGUUUUGCAGCCCAGCCAAGACCGCAGAGACCCUAUUCAGAUACAUCGCGCCGGAGCAGGUCCCUGUCCAAUUUGGCGGCCUCUACAAAGAGGAUGAUACUGAAUUCUCCACCUCUGAUGGCGUCACCGAGCUCACUGUCAAACCUUCUUCCAAAGAAACUGUUGAGAUUCCUGCUACUGAGAACUCCACGGUCGUGUGGGAGCUCCGUGUGCUCGGAUGGGAGGUGAGCUACGGCGUGGAGUUCACCCCGGACGCCGAGGGCGGCUACACGGUCAUCGUGCAGAAGACUCGGAAGGUGCCCGCCAACGAGGAGCCAAUCAUGAAGGGUAGCUUCAAAGCGGGCGAGCCUGGCAAGGUGGUGCUCAUCGUCAACAACCCGACAUCGAAGAAGAAGAAGCUGCUGUGCCGAUUCAAGGUGAAGAGCUCCACCGAGUCCUCCGCCUGAUGAGGUUCCGGCUUAUACAAUCGCCAACCAGGUCCAUACCACCACCAUUUGAACAUGUCGCAUGAUAGGAGAUGGCCGUUUUUGUGUCGGGUUCUUUAAUUUGUUGGCUUGCUGUUUUUUGGGGAUCGGAUUUGUAUGUGUUUGCUUGGAACCAAAGUGGGCUUGUGCUAUGAAUGAGAUACUCCUAGCUGGGAUCGGAAGGUGGGGAGAUGUUGAGAUAGUGAUGGUUUGUUGACAUCUUGGAGGGGCCGAAGAAGUGUUGCUGAUCUGUAAAAAAAAAACCUGUCUGUACAUGGUAUCCGUGGAUUAUCUUUCGUCGGCAUGUUGAUUUUGUUUAGAAAUCGUUCAUAUUUUGUGGUCACCAA